AUGCCUACACUUAAACAACAAUAUCUCGUUCAGCACGAGAGCGAUGCUCCUCCACCAAGUUACGAUGCUGUAACUCGCUCCAUCGACCCAAUGGGUGCACCUCAGACAGCUCUCGUACCUCCCAUGUCGACCGUUGCUAUCUCCUCAUCCUCUCAGAGCAAUAGCAGCUCAUUCAAACCCAUCGUCAUUCCCCAAACAUCCAAAUCCUUCCGCAGCGCAUUCUUCUCCCCCUUCUCCAGAGCCUGGGCCCCAUCCCUGACCUCUAAAGACAUCACACCAGACCAAUUCCUAACCUUCAUCGACGGCCUCAACGAAGCGUUCGUUGCCGCCCCGGCCUUCCAAAUCGUCACCAUGAUCGGCGGAAUCAUGACCUUCGCGCCGCACCCCAUAAACUACGCUGGCAUUGGACUGCAAGUCGGCACCGGGCUCGCAUCUUCUGCCACGAGCUGGGUGCGCGCCCGAGCAUUUGUCAAGCAUGCCAACACCACGAUCUGGGAGCCAAGGGGGUUGAAGGUCAAGGUGCUGAAGACGAAGAAGAUGAUGGCUGUGGUCGGGGAGGUGGGCGAGGUGUUGAAUCUGCCGCCGAUGGUGGAGAUGGAUGCUGCGUCUUUGACAAGGGCGGAGUGGGAUAGUGAGGAGAAUGAUCCGAGAAUGAGGAGGAUGCGAGCGCUUGGUGAUAGGGUGGCGGAAUUGCAGUUCAAGAACCUCCCACCGCCGGCGGAGAUGUCUAAUUGGUGGAAGAGGAUGGGGAGUAAGCAAGCGCAGAAACGGGACGAGAAGACGCAGGGCAGGUUGAUGAAAAAGAGGGAAAAAGCUUGGGAGGAAAUGGAAAAGGAGGGUGGGAAGGAGUACAAAAGAGCGAGGAAAUAUGAUAAAGAAAUCAGAGAGAUUGAGGAAGAAAAGGCUGAAGAGAUUGGAAAGGCAGAGAAGAAAUUAAGUGGACGGAGAGGAGCUGACCCCGAAAAGAGGGAUAAAGUCGAGGGGGAUUUGCAGAAGGAGUUGAGAAAGCUGGAUCAUGAUCUAGAAAAAGUGUUGAGGAAGAAAGAGAAGAAGGUUGGCCAUCGGGAGAUGGAGCAAGAUGUGCAUAUAAGUGGGAAGGGACAGAGAGAGUUGAGGAAGGUUGACGCCAAGGAAGGCAAAGUCGCUCAGAAGAUAUAUUGGAUUGUGAUAGACAAAGCUGAGACGCUUGACAAGGAAUUUGGGGCUGAGGAAGAUGUUGAAAGCUUGGAAGAGUAG